UCUUUGGUGUCAUUAAUGCUUUUAGUGAGAUACACAAAGUUAAUGCCUUCUCACUCCCAUCAACUAUGUGUAAGAAUCCUCACCUUGUAUUUUUUCAUAAGUUUCUUAAUUCGAUGUCUUUACUAGAUGUAAUGGUGACAGACGAAGUUUAAGUACAUUUCAUGUUUAGACAAUAGAAAUUUAUAUAAUUCUUUGAAUUCAUCAACAUAUAGAACAAAUGGUAAAUAUUUCCGAAUCGAUUAUGCUGAUCGAGAUUAUGCAAACGGAAUUUAUGUGAGCGACACAGUAACUAUUGGUUCAUUAUCUAUUGAAAAGCAAUUAUUUGGUCAAGCUGAUGAUGCCAGAUUUCUUAAAACAGAUAAAUAUGAUGGUCUUCUAGGUCUGUCCUGUUCAACACCUGAUAUACGUUUAUCAUUAUGCCAUAAUAUGUGGAAACAAAAUUUAAUUGAAAAGCCAAUAUUUUCAUUUUACUUUAAUGCGAAUUACACAGCAGAAGACGAUAACGAAUUCAUAUUUGGUGGUAUUGAUCAAACAAAAUAUGAAGGCACAAUAACAUGGGUUAAUAUUAUUCAUGGACAAAAAGAUUGGGAAUUCUUGAUGGAUAGUAUAAAUAUAGGUGAUAAAAAACAUAAACGGUUAGGUUUUGCUAAAUCAACAUCAUACGAUCAAAAACAAACGUGUUUUGAUUCCUUGUAUAAUGACGAUUCAACAGCAACAACAACCGAAGACGAUUCAUACCCAUUAGACGAUGAAUAUGUCAAUGAUGCUCGAUCGACAACUGAAAUGUAUAAUGAUGAUGGCUAUAAUGUUAACAUUCAAAUAGAACGUCUGGAUAACAAAAAAACUGAGCGGUAUUCUAUUGAAUCAUUUGAAAGACCGUUAGAGAAAACUAUGAGAAUUUUGCGAGAGUUUCUCACUGCAAGAAAGUUAUGUUUUGGAAAACUUUUUUUUCUUUGA